CCUGUCAAAGAAAACCUUAAAUAUGGACCCACCAAUUCCAGUUCCUAGAUUUGACCCAACUGCUACUACUCUGUUGCAGUAUUAAUCAAAUCAUCAUUCAUCAAUAUCACCAUCUCCACCAAAUUCCUUACACUCUCAGAUCCUAAAAACACUCCCACCAAUAGGCAAUAGCAGCAGUGAUGAACUCAAACUCCCCACCUCCAUGGGAGCUCCUAAAAAAAGCUCCAACUUUCAUCAAAAUCACUAUUUUGUCUCUCCUCUCCUUCUCUAUCUUCUUCUUCCUCUUCUCUGCUUCCCCUUUCCCCCUCACAUUACUCUCCACCACCACCCCCAUUUCUCAUUCCACUCCCUCUCUCUCUCCUCCUCCAUUACCGACGCUUCAAAGAAUGGGAAUUAUCGACGAAAACGGUGCAAUGGUUGACGACUUUAAUGUCGGCGAUAUCGACGCUAAGACAGCAAAUGAAAUGCUCUCUAAUCUCACUAGGAAAGAAGACGAGGAGAGAGAAAAUGAAAGGAAGGAAGUUAGGGUUAGGGUGGUUGAGAAGUAUAAAGUGUGUGAUCAAAGUAUGAGAGAGAUUAUUCCUUGUUUGGAUAAUGUCGAUGCUAUUCGUCGCUUAAAUUCGUCGGAAAAUGGGGAGAAGUUUGAGCGUCAUUGUGCUGAAAAGGACAAAGGUUUGGAUUGCUUAGUUCCUGCUCCUAAUGGUUAUCAAUCUCCUAUACCAUGGCCUCAAAGUCUUCAUCAGGUAUGGUUCAAUAAUGUGCCGCACACACGCUUGGUUGAAGAUAAAGGAGGUCAGAAUUGGAUAUCAAUUAAGGGAGAUAAAUUUGUGUUUCCUGGUGGUGGCACACAAUUCAUUCAUGGUGCUGAUCAAUACUUGGAUCAGAUUUCACAGAUGGUUCCUGACAUUAAAUUUGGUCGUAAUACCAGAGUUGCCUUGGAUAUUGGUUGCGGAGUGGCUAGUUUCGGUGCGUUUUUGCUUCAGCGUAAUGUUAGCACUCUUUCAAUAGCUCCAAAAGAUGUUCAUGAGAAUCAGAUUCAAUUUGCACUUGAGCGUGGCGUGCCAGCUAUGGUAUCAGUGUUUGCAACUCGCCGCCUGUUGUAUCCUAGUCAGGCUUUUGAUUUAAUUCACUGUUCAAGGUGCAGGAUAAAUUGGACACGUGAUGAUGGUAUCUUGCUUCUUGAAGUCAAUAGAUUGUUGAGAGCUGGUGGAUAUUUUGCUUGGGCAGCACAGCCUGUCUAUAAGCAUGAAGAUAACUUGCAAGAGCAGUGGAAAGAUAUGGAGAAUCUUACAUCUCGGAUUUGCUGGGAACUGGUAAAAAAGGAGGGUUAUAUUGCUGUAUGGAGAAAGCCUUUAAACAACAGCUGUUACCUGAAUCGUGAAGCUGUAGCACAACCUCCCCUUUGUGACCCAGAUGAUGAUCCGGACAAUGUUUGGUACGUGGACCUGAGAGCAUGCAUUACGAGGAUACCCGAUAAAAGUUAUGGAGCUAAUGUCUCUACUUGGCCUGAACGCCUACAUCACCCACCAGAUAGAUUGCAGACUAUUGAGAUGGAUGCCUAUGCAUCCCGAAAGGAAAUCUUGAAGGCAGAGUCAAAAUAUUGGAAGGAAAUAAUACAAAGUUAUAUUAGUGCCUUCCGCUGGAGGGAUUUAAAGAUACGUAAUGUGAUGGAUAUGAGAGCUGGGUUUGGAGGGUUUGCUGCAGCAUUAUAUGAUUUAGAUCUUAAUUGCUGGGUUAUGAAUGUCGUUCCAGUCAGUGGGUUCAAUACAUUGCCUGUAAUAUAUGAUCGCGGUCUCCUAGGAGUUAUGCAUGAUUGGUGUGAGGCAUUUGAUACUUACCCACGGACAUAUGACCUGUUGCAUGCAUCUGGUCUCUUCUCCACUGAGAGGAAAAGAUGCAACAUAUCCACCAUCAUGCUUGAGAUGGAUCGUAUUUUAAGACCAGAUGGCAUAAUUUACAUACGAGAUUCAAUCACUGUAUUCGAUGAACUUCAAGAACUUGCAGCUGCAAUGAGCUGGGCAUGCUUUCUUCACGACACAGGAGAAGGUCCCCAUGCUAGUCAGAAGAUCUUGCGAUGCACCAAGCGAAGAUGACCCUUCUUUUAUUGGUGAACAAGCUGAAAAUCAAAAUAAUAGCUUAAUGCCAGGAAGGUAUACCUGUAUCAUACUUUUGAUGAAUAGGCAUAGUGGCCUACUAAUGAGUUUACUUUAGACUGUUUAGAGAGAUCACACCUCCAAACCUUGGAGCAUAGGAUGGUUAAAUGUCUGUGUAUGUUGACUGUUGUACUGAACAUCUUGUAGCCUCGAUCAACCAAAAAUACUCGAGGCAUGUCUACCUAAUUGAUCUACAAUGUUUACAUGUUCUCCAUCUUAA